AUGCCCUCAAAGCCGAAGGCGAAGCCCGCCGCCGCUACUAGGCGCGCGUCGUCCUCUUUCGCGAGGUAUGGGAACGCAGCGGCCGUCGCAGCAGUUGUCGCCGCAGCGGUCAUGGCGUCUCUUUACGGCUCCACGCUGCCGCCUCCGCCUACGAAUGUGUCUGAUUCCGCUGGCCGAGUGCCUGAGAGCUCAGAGCCGCCAGUCAUCCGAGCGGAAGGUGCUGCGUCGGCGGAACAGGCGUCGGGAGGCGACGAGCACCCGGCCUGUGGCGAGUGGGCGGCCAGCGGUGAGUGCGAGCGGAACCCGGCUUACAUGGGGAAAGCGCAGCGCGUGCCGGUCGACUGGUCUCUGCCGGAGCUGCCGCCGGACCUGGCGACGGCGCAGCGGGAGAGCGACGAGGCGCCGCCGAGGGCCGCGGGAGGCGCGCGACCGCGCUGCGUCGACGAGCGGCCGGACUGCGCCUCGCUCGCGCGCGCCAACCUGAGCGCUUGCGGCGAGGCGGCGUUCAUGCUGCAGCGGUGCGCCGCGACCUGCCGAGCGGGCGGCGGGACCCGCUUCACCGACCUCGGCAUCACGGUCACGCCGAAGCUCGGCCGGGCGGUGCUGUGGCCAUCGGUGCUCGACUCGGACUUGCUCACGGGCGAGCGCGAGCCAAAGACGCACCACGAGGCGGUGACGGUCGAGGCGGGCGUCAAGUACGCCGCCAACUUGUGGAUCCACCUCUACGACUUCAAGAGCCCGAGCCGCGCGGGCGAGUGCCCCUUCUUCGGCCAAAACACGCACAACGGGCGCUGA